GCCGUCGCACUUUGUCUUUCGUGCCUUUCCUCCCUCAACUUCAAGUUCCACCCACCUUCGUUUUGCCGACAGUCGACCUUUCCCUGUCACGCACACGGCCUUACUAGUUUUAAUACCUUUGUUUGCUGUUUCUUCCUCUCGCUCCAAGCAUCUUUCAACCAUCCACAGCCCUUAGCCCGUGUAAAGGAGCCUGCCAGCCAUUGACCACUCUUAAUAUCAUCUCCCACGUAUCGAACGCUUCAAUUACACAAUGCCUUCCAUCAUGAAGAUUGCCCUCCCGGCUUUGGCCGCCGUGGGUGCCGCACAUGGUAUUGUCUCCGGAACCACCACCGUCCAGAACCAGGGUGACGCAACCGCCAUCGCCUCGUGCUCCACCUUCUCUGGCAGCAUUGCCAUCGCCACCGGUACCACGGACGACAUCUCCAUCAGCGGUGUCAAGUUCCUCAACGGCAACCUGGUCGGUGCACCCAACUCGGCCAUCAAGCGCAUCAGUGCCAGCGACCUCGAGGAGCUCAACGGCGAGAUGAACUUGGACGGGCUUACCCGCCUCAACGCCGUCGACUUCCCCAAGCUCAAGAAGGUCGACUCCAUCAAGUGGAACGCUCUUCCCAACCUCCAGAACAUCGGCUUCACCGCAUCCGUCGAGGAGGCCAAGAAGAUUGACAUCCAGAACACCGCCCUCCGCUCCCUCCAGGGUAUCAACAUCGAGCAGGCCACCACCUUGAAGAUUGCCAACAACGGCUACAUCAAUGAGAUCAAGAUGCAACUUGGCAACGUUUCGAACUCGCUCGACUUCUCCGACAACAACAAGGCCGUCAAGAUCGAGCUGACCAACCUGAUCUGGGCAACCAACUUGACUUUCCGCUCCUGCGGAUCCAUCCUUCUGCCGUCCCUCACCAAGCUGAACGGCUCGCUCGGUCUCUACCAGAACGGUUUCGAGUCUUUCUCUGCACCCAACCUGACCGAGGUCGGCGAGGCUCUUGCCAUCGUUGGCAAUGAUAAGCUCACCAACCUGUCCUUCCCUCUCUUGACCAAGAUCAGCGACAACCUGCAGAUCGCCAACAACACCGGUCUCCAGAAUGCUACUGGUUUCCCCGAGCUCAAGAGCAUCGGUGGUGCCUUUGACAUGAGCGGUAACAUGACCGAUGUUUCUACUCCCAAACUGAACAACGUUGCCGGUGCCUUCAACCUCCAGUCGUCCGAGAACAUGACCUCCGUCUGCGAACCCUACCAGGAGCUGAAGAACAAGAAGCUCAUCCAGGGCAAGUACCUCUGCAAGGGCAAGCUCAUCAACCCCGAUGUUGCCGGAACCAACCCCAAGUCCCAGGGCUCGGGUGGUGACCAGAGUGGUGCUGCCACUCUCAGUGCUAUGAACGGUGCCCUGGUCCUCGCUGCCAUGGCUGCUGUCUUCAUGCUCUAA